CCAGCCGCGCUCAGUGCGGGGCGCGCACGGAUCGGCCGGAGCUGUCUCGGUUCACCGGACGCUCCAGCGCCCCCCGCCUGGCAAUUCAAGCCCCAGUUAAUUUUCCCCGAGAAAAGCGGGAGCUCAGGGCAGCCACUGAGGAGCCACCGGCCUCUCCGGACGCUUGGAAGGGUCUGCGCGGCGUCCAGCGCCGCGCGGGGACAGGAGGGAGACGGGAGGGAGCCGUGUCUCCCCACGGGCGGAGCGGGCAGGAGCAGAGGAGAGAGCGCGAGCAGAUGUGGCACGGGGAAAGCCAUGCUUUUCCUCUCUCAGGGCUGUGACCAAAGCCAGAGCCAACGCUGAGAGUGGAGUGAGGGGACAGAGUUCGUGCCCCUCCACUUGUGCAGGCCGGUUUUGCUGUGCAGUGAGCCCGUGGCCGUGCGAGCGUGUGCGACCCUCGGCAGCCGUGGGAAGAUGAGCCGCGGUGCGCGGUGUCAUUCUGGGACCGCGAUUCCUCGCUCGUUGCGGUAAAACGCGCUGAGGAGACCUGUGGCGGUGUGAAGCAAAAACUAUGGCACAGCUGAGCGGAAGGAGAAGCCUAGCUCGUUUUCUGCUUUUGUUUACUGGCUGUCAUGACUUACAAGGUGAAAACGCGAACAGCCAGCCCUGCUUCUCGGGACACAGGAAUGUGGUGAAGAUGCCUCCCAGAGGCAGAGACCGCGCUUCAUCCUCAGAAGCGUCUUUCUGCCUGAGGGCUCCGUUCAUUCACUGAAGGCUAGGGCUGGACAACCUGUGUUAUUAUUAGGUGGCAAGGAAGGCGGGAACUUCGCCAUGGGGUACGACAGAGGCUGGGUGUUGCUGAAUGAAAGCGACCAUGGCCCGUCGCAGGCUGUCGGCAGAGCCCUGCAGAUGGGGAACAACGCGUCGGCCGGGCAGGCGGUGUGGCAGGGCGGGAAUGGCAGCGAGGCGGGCGCCGUGGAGAGCGAGGAGCACGGCGAGGAGCAGAGCUACCGGCACUUCACCACCACCGUGCAGGUUGUCAUCUUCGUGGGCUCUCUGCUGGGUAACAUCAUGGUGCUGUGGUCAACUUGCAGAACAUCGCUUCUUAAAUCUGUAACAAACCGGUUCAUUAAGAAUUUGGCCUGCUCGGGGAUCUGUGCCAGCCUAGUCUGUGUGCCUUUUGACAUUGCUCUUAGUGCCAGUCCACACUGCUGCUGGUGGAUCUAUACAAUGCUCUUCUGCAGAAUCGCCAAGUUUCUGCACAAAGUCUUCUGCUCAGUGACCAUCCUUAGUUUUCCAGCCAUUGCUCUUGACAGAUACUACUCUGUUUUAUAUCCUCUGGAAAGAAAAAUAUCUGAUGCAAAAUCCCGAGACCUGGUUAUCUAUAUCUGGGCCCAUGCAAUAGUGGCCAGCAUUCCAGUAUUUGCUGUGACCAAUGUGUCUGAUAUUUAUGCCAUGUCCACUUGCUCUGAGUCUUGGAGUUACUCCCUUGGUCACCUGAUAUAUGUCAUAAUCUACAAUAUCACCACUGUGAUUGUACCUGUGGCUGUGGUAUUUCUCUUUAUGAUUCUUAUUCGCAGAGCGCUGAGUGCCAGCCAGAAGAAAAAAGUCAUCAUAGCUGCAUUGAGGACCCCUCAGAAUACAGUUUCUAUCCCGUAUGCCUCCCAACGAGAAGCUGAGCUCCACAUCAUGCUGCUUUCUAUGGUUAUGAUAUUCAUCUUCUGCAGUGUCCCCUAUGUGACUCUGGUGAUUUACCGCACCAUACUCAAUAUUUCAGAUAUUUCAGUCUUCUUGCUCCUCACUGCUAUCUGGUUGCCCAAGGUCUCACUGCUGGCCAACCCUUUGUUAUUUUUAACUGUUAACAGAUCAGUACGGAAAUGCUUAGUGGGGACAGUAGUACAACUGCACCGGAGGUUUAGCAGGAGAAACAUUGUCAGCUCGAGUGGCAUUGCAGAUGACAAUCUGGAGCCCAGUGUCCAUUCAGGAAGCCAGCUUCUGGAGAUGUUUCAUAUCGGGCAACAACAAAUCUUCAAGCCAACAGAAGAUGAGAAUGAGACCAAAUCCAUUGGCUCUGGUGACUUUCAGCAGAAAGAAAUUCCUAUCACCAAUUUAGAGCUAGGACAGACUUCGGUUCAUAGGUUUAUACCGCAGACGACUGCAGACUCUGCAGCUCAGGUGGCCCCAGCUGUGCCCACUGAAGCUGAUACAGUAAAUGACAAGUAUUCCAUGCAGUUUGGUUUUGGACCCUUUGAGCUGCCUCCACAGUGGCUCUCAGAAAACAGAAAUAAUAAGAAGCGACUCCUGCCUCCUUUGGGGAAUACCCCUGAAGAGCUAAUUCAGACAAAACAGCCUAAGUGUAAAGUGGAAAGAAAAGUCAGCAGAAACAAUAAAGUCAGUAUCUUUCCCAAGGUAGAUUCCUAGUAAGAGCAGGAGCUUUAAGUGACAGAGUAAGGUCACUUUCUAUUACAUGUUUGAUCCCAUGGAUCUUUAUUAUGUCAAAAUUUGUUACAUCCUGAUUUUUUUGCCAAAUAUAAGUUAUAUGAACAAACAAAAGAAAAACAUAUAUACAAGUGUUCCUUAUUUAUUUAAAAUACUUAAUGGAAAUAAUGCAUCAAAUAUAUAUAGAAAUCUGUAGUUUGAUCUCUAAAAUCCUUAAAACGAUACCUUGUUAUUAACUUUCAAAAGUACAUAUGAAUUUGGGAACUCUUUACGGCUGAAUUAUGGAAAUACAGCAGUCAGUUUUCUGGGAAACGUUAUGUUGUAUUAAAAUGGACUCAGCAUCUAAGUAACUUAACAGGAAAGGCUGUAGAGAGCAGAAGACAUGCAGCAUGGUAAGUCCUACUCUCCAGCAGAUAGACACAGCAAGAUUGUGCACAUUUCAUUAAUGAAGUAGGAUAAACUAUUAAAUGCAUUUGUUUUCUGUUACACACAUUUAUUUGAUCAGUGUUAAAACUUGCUGGAUUUUUUUGCAAAAAUUAAAUACCAAACAUCUGCCAAACACCGAAAGUAUUUUAAAACCUAAACCAAUGUUUUCUGGUUUAAAAUAUUCACAAAGCCAAGAAUACCCAAAUCAUCAUGCGUGUUAAACCUGAGAAAGACCUCUUUUUAUAAAGAGCCCAUAAGUAUUCUUGUAGUUUUAAAUAAAAACUGAAUUGGAGACUAUGCAGGACAAAUCCUGACUCCAAUGAACAAAUACGUAUGUGCUAAGAAUCCUGUGAUAAAGGGCAUAUACAAAUGUCCCUAAAGUGUAAUGUAUGUAUUAAGUAACUAAAGGGUAAGCCUUAAAAUAAACUUAGCUGCUGGUGCA